AUGGUCGGAGUGCCUGACAGUGACUUGAUAUCUUGGCAAGUUCGUCGCAGUGAGCGUGCGCCUAAGAACACUGCCUCGACCUCACAAGGCGUGCCCCGACCAAAACGGCCCCGUGUGGACAAAGGGCCCAUUUCGGCAGAACAGUUGCGUGUACAACUCGAGGCACACAAAGCCCUCAUGAGUGGGGCCACGACUACAUCGGCUCCGCCACAGCUCACACCUUCUACAGCGGCAAAUGCAUCAUCGCUGCCACCACCACCAUCACUACCGCCAACGAUGCCUCAGGUCGUACGGCCGCCAGCAGUUCCGCCAGCUCCUCCUGUCCCACCUGUACGUCCCACAGUGCCGAAUCCGCCACCUGCGCCUCCUGCUGCUGUGCCUGAGCUUGAUUGCUCCGUAUCUAUCACCUGCCUCUUCAGCUCCGUCACAGCCGGCGGAGUUGAUGCACAACGAAUCAGCUGUGGCGUCGCAGCCAUCUGA